AUGCCCACUAAGUCAAUGAUGGUCCUCAAAGACCUGUACAUCUCGCAGACCAUGGAUCAAUUGUUCAAGAAGGCCGACGAGGGCAUCAGCAGGACAUCCAAUGCCAAGAGCCUGAUGACAUCGUUGGCCAAACUCUAUGAGGCGGCGAAGAAGUCGUUCCUCGAGGGCGACGAAGAGAGAGCUUUCAUACUAUACUAUCGGUUCUUCACAAACAUCUCUUUGGCGAAGAAGUGUUCCGAUUAUAAAAAGGAUGAGAAGUUUUAUAAUGAUAUGUAUAGUAAUUUACAGAUUAAGGAAGUGCUCGACAGUCUGGAAGUACUACAGAGUAGUCUUAAGGACCGAUACGACGCCCACAAAGUGGCCAAUGAGUUGAAUGCCAAAGAGGUGGUCAAUGAGUCCCAAGACGUGUCCAUUAAUAGCAAUAACCGAUACGACGCCCACAAAGUGGCCAAUGAGUUGAAUGCCAAAGAGGUGGUCAAUGAGUCCCAAGACGUGUCCAUUAAUAGCAAUAGUAAUCAUACGAACGAUUCGGCGAAACCUAAACCAAUUGAAUCCAAUAGUAAAGGCGAUUAUCCACUCAUUAGUUGUCUUGAUUUAGUCGAGAGUUUAGAAAAUACGACAGAAAUGAAUAAAAUCCUAGUUUUGGACACAAGAGCUGCUGAAGAAUAUAACGACUCGCAUAUGGAUAAACUGCGGACCUCUGCAGACAUAACUAUAGUUAAUAUUCCUCAACACUUAUUGGUUCCCGGAUUGACGUCCUCUAAGCUUGAAACGAGACUACCCUUUGGUAUCACUAAAGACGUGUUCUCCCGGCGGAGAAGUAUGAGUAAAGUGGUGAUCGUUGACCAGCACUCCCAAGAGGUCAUUCCCAACACACCGGCCUAUCAUUUAGCAGAAGCCCUUAACACGUGGGACUACACAUCAUUUAAGAUGAAGAACAAGCCAUUCCUCUUGAAGGGCGGUUACGCCGAAUGGGUGCUCACAUAUCCCAUGUUCACUACGAAUCCGAAUUAUAACAUAAACAAAAUGCCAGUAAAACCGAUCAAAACUAUUCAAUUGGCUUUCGAUUACGAUUUGAGUGAAUUUGACGAUAAACCCAAAAAACCUGACAAUCAAAUGGUUAAUGGAUUCACGAAUGGAGACAUUGAAGGUGAUGGACAGCCACAGGCAGAGCCACUGAAUCGCGUGAACAAUAUAUUUAAUACGAGGCCAACCAAUGUUGCCAUUCCCGGCACCGCUAAGCCAUUAAUCCCGGACCGCUCCAAGAAACCUACGAUACAGACAGAGAUAAACACUUCAUCUGACCAUAAAGUAGAGGCGAAGGAAGACUUCGAGAAAAUAAGACUAAGAAAGCAGAACGAAAUCAGUGAACAAAUGCUGUCAGAUGUGAGAGUAGAGUACGAAGAUAUGAUCGAAAGUAUGAAAAAACAGCUCAUUAUUAAGGAUCAGGAGAAAAACCAUUUGAUUGAAACCGUUCGCAAAGUAAAGCCAAAGAACUUGAUGGCCAACAACGAGACUGACAGUAAACCCGAUGACAAUCCGAUGAUUGCUAUAAACGGCGACAUGAAUGGUACAAAUAAGAGGAAUGGAUUCUAUUUGAAAGUGGAUGAAAGCGGUGAUGAUAAAGAAAACGACAAUUUGACCGCAAAUAACAUGAGAAACAACACCGCAAUCAAUGGCGACAUCAGUGGCCAUCGGAUUGUGAACCCGAUUACGUCGGCACAGAAAGGCAUGACUAAGUCGUCAAACACACUGUCCGUCACAUCCAAUCUCUCGCGUUCGCUGUCGUCGCCAAACAUCGCACAGCUAUUGGAGAGGGAAAUGAAUGGCAGACAUAUGGAUAGCAUAGACCCCUCCGAAGCAAGGCUUGCGACCUCUUUUCCACAGUUCGACCGAAACCUUAAGCCGGGUUUCAAUCGCGAAAUAUCCAAAUAUAACUUUUAUGACUCCACUCUAAUAGACAACAAACCGCGCGACUUCUGUCCCGUCAACAGCUCCGGGCCUUCAAUCACAGGACUCCGCAAUUUGGGAAACACUUGUUUCUCCAAUGCUGUCAUUCAGUGUCUGUUGAAUACAACAGAGUUCUCGUCGUUUUUUGGCGGAAACUUUAAGAUUAAUAAGAAUUCAAAGUUUGGAUCAAAUGGAGAACUAGUCCUGGAAUUGGCGGCACUGUUCAGACAAAUGGCUUACCCCUCGUCAUACAAAAUGCUUUCCGCCAAAGACUUUAGGCAAGCGGUCAGUAAACAUAUCCAGGGGUUCGUCGCCGGAGCCCAACAGGACUCUCACGAGUUCUUAGUAAAGCUAUUCGAGAAACUACACGAAGACCUGAACGAGUCGAUGGCCAAAGAUGUGAUCAAUACUGCGGUGUCCGAAGAGCUGAGUCUGAACGUCGCGGCCAACAAGUUCUGGAAGGAACACAUCCAGAAGAAUAACUCAAUUAUUACACAACUCUUUGAGGGAUUAAUUGUCAACACAUUAACGUGUCUGACGUGUCAUAAGACCUCCAACUCGUUUGAAGUGUUCAGUUGUCUUUCACUACCUCUUAGUAAUAACCGGACGACUCUUACGGAGUGUUUGAGCCAAUACUUCAAACCGGAGCGCAUGUCGGGUGAGGCCGCCUGGGAGUGUCCCACCUGUAAGCAGAAGAGGGAGGCCGACAAAAAGGUUAAUCUCUGGAAACUUCCAAAAGUAUUAAUCGUUCACUUGAAGAGGUUUUCAUAUGAAGGCCGUUGGAAACUGUCGACAUAUGUGGAGUUCCCGAUCGACGACCUGCCGAUGCGGACACUGCAGACUCAGAGCCCCUACCAUUACUCGCUGUACGGAGUGGUGAACCAUUACGGGACCCUCGAGGGCGGCCACUACACGGCCUUCUCGCAGAACCACAAUAAAUACAAAUGGCAUCGAUUUGAUGACCAGGAGAUCACGCAAAUCAAUUCGGCUGAAGUGAAAUCCCAGGCCGCGUACAUACUGUUCUAUAGGCUACAGUUAUAAUACUGUUUUCGAUAUACAUUACCAUUGAAUUCAAUUGAAUUGUUUUUAUUUCGAUACAAAUCACAG